CUACAGCUGCGACGCUGACGAACGCUGAGGCGGUGGCGGUGGCGGCGACGGCAGUGAAAAGGGCUGUGGGGAUUCCUCGGUGCGGUUGUCAGGAGAUAUAACAGACUUUCAACUUAAAGAAAGAAAGAAAAAAAAAAGCACCAAGAUGGGUGAAAAGAAACCAGAGCCUUUGGACUUUGUAAAAGAUUUCCAGGAAUACCUGACCCAGCAGACGCAUCAUGUGAACAUGAUUUCGGGAUCAGUUAGUGGGGACAAAGAAGCAGAGACUCUUCAGGGAGCUGGAACAGAUGGCGAUCAGAAUGGCCUUGAUCACCCGUCUGUUGAAGUUUCCCUGGAUGAAAACUCAGGAAUGUUAGUAGACGGGUUUGAGAGGACCUUCGAUGGGAAGCUCAAGUGUCGGUACUGCAACUAUGCCAGCAAAGGAACGGCCAGGCUCAUUGAGCACAUCAGGAUCCACACAGUGGCUUAAAGGAAUACAAAUACUGGAAACAGACUCCUGGCUCCUCCUCCCUACCCAUUUUCCUGCUUGGUCUCCAUAAUCUUUCUCUUUCUGCUGUCAGAUUCAGGAGCUCACUACUAUAGAAAAUAGAAAGGCUUCUGUAGAGUGCACUGGCUAACCCAGGUCGCUCUUAGCCACCCUUUGGAGAAACCUUCCAAAGCACGCCUUGCCCUCACCCAAGCCCAGGCACAGUCUGUGCUUCUGCAGUACAUCAUGGUGGCCUGAACGCUUCCUGAGGACAUCCAGAGGCCAUCUUUGUACCCCCUAGUGCUAGCAUGAAAUCUGGAACAUGCUAGGUGCUCUGUCCUUGUCAGAGGAGUGAUUCUCAGUCUUACAUUCUAAAUGACAGUUUUACAUAUUUGAAGAGUUUGACUUUUAAAUAAAGUUGGUCUUUCUGAACUAGAAUAGGAAACUGGAGGAGAAGCCUUGGCCCUGGCAAUUUCAUAUUUAAACCUGGAGUUCAUUUUGAUUUUGAACUUUCUUUUGCAGGGUGGGGGGUGGGUUUUUUCCCUUGAGGAAAACAAGUUUUUAUGCAUAGAUAGAUCUGUGAACAUAUACUUUGAAACAUACAGUUGAUUAAAAAUAUUUUGGGUGGUGGUGGUUUGAGACAGGGUUUCUGUGUGUAGCCCUGGCUGGCCUUGAACUCACAGAGAUCCACUUGCCUCUGCCUCCCAAGUGCUGCGAUUAGAGCUCUGUAUUGCUACUCCCUGGCUGAUAAAAUCUUUAUAUCUCCUUAUUAUGUGGGGAAUAUUUUUACUUUUUCCCCAAGUGCCAGUUGAAGCUGUAAUGAUUUUCAUACUAAAUAGAUUGUAAGUAUAAACAAGUUGUUGCUAAUGAAUUCUUAAGCUUUAUUUCAGUUCUUGGGUUUCUUUACAGAUCUUACAAACCUAGUAUACAAGUAUGCAUUUCUGCAAAGAAUUUUAUUUUUGUAUCAGUUCUCACAUGCAGUGGACAAACAUGAAAAGUCCUAUGAGUGAGCUCCUCUUGCAGUCUCUUCCAUGUCUCUCUCACACAGGCGAGAAGCCUCACAGGUGUCACUUAUGUCCAUUUGCAUCUGCUUACGAGCGCCACCUGGAAGCCCAUAUGCGCUCUCACACUGGGGAAAAACCAUACAAAUGUGAAUUGUGCUCCUUCCGCUGCAGUGACCGAAGUAACCUGUCCCACCAUCGAAGGCGCAAACAUAAAAUGGUACCAAUUAAAGGUACCAGGUCUUCCUUAAGCAGCAAGAAAAUGUGGGGGGUUUUACAAAAGAAAACAAGCAAUCUGGGGUAUAGCAGAAGAGCACUAAUCAACUUAAGUCCACCUUCCAUGGUGGUCCAGAAACCAGACUACCUUAAUGAUUUUACACACGAAAUCCCAAAUAUUCAGACUGACUCCUAUGAAGCUAUGGCUAAAACUACACCAACUGGUGGCCUGCCAAGGGACCCCCAAGAACUCAUGGUUGACAACCCUUUGAAUCAGCUCUCUACUUUAGCAGGACAGUUGUCCAGCUUGCCACCAGAAAACCAAAACCCUGCCUCUCCUGAUGUAGAUGCCUGCCCUGAUGAAAAGCCUUUCAUGAUUCAGCAACCCUCUGCCCAAGCAGUUGUCUCUGCUGUGUCAGCAAGUAUUCCUCAGAGCUCCUCCCCCACAAGUCCGGAACCGCGGCCAUCGCAUAGUCAGAGGAACUACAGUCCAGUGGCAGGGCCCAGCAGUGAACCAAGUGCCCACACCAGUACUCCCAGCAUAGGAAACAGCCAGCCAAGCACUCCAGCUCCAACCCUGCCGGUGCAGGAUCCUCAGCUUCUACACCACUGCCAGCACUGUGACGUGUACUUUGCAGACAACGUCCUUUACACUGUCCACAUGGGGUGCCAUGGGUAUGACAGCCCCUUUCAGUGUAACGUAUGUGGGUGCAAAUGUAAAGACAAGUACGAUUUUGCCUGUCAUUUUGCAAGAGGGCAACACAACCAGCACUGAACACAAUCAACAUUGUUCUCACUUGGUUUGGCCUUUUGGGAGUUUGUAGUUUGGUUUUUAGUUUGAUCAUCCCUAAUAAGGUAUAUGCUAAUUUAAAAUUUAUACAUUCUAGUCUAUAAAAUAGAAGUUUGAUAGUGAAAAAGGGUUUUGUUAACUUUUCAUAAAAGUCUGGUCAGGGUUAUUUAUGCAUUAGAUAGUUAGAUGCAUUGCUGUCUUUUUCAUUUACACCUAUGAGAGUUAAAGUACAGUUGUAAUCAGUUUCCUACACUUGUCCAUAAGGAUUCCCAGGGUUAUCUGUACUCCUGAUGCUUCAGGAUAUACAUUACAGCUAAUGUUCUUUCUGCCAUAUGUCAAAAUGGCACACUUCUCAUAAAAUCUUUUAUAACAUUUCAGUGUUUAUAGACAAACUGCCUUUAAGUUUGCUCCUAAUUAAAAUACUAUUUUCAUUCACAUAACUUAAGUUGAAUUAGUUUCAUUACAACCAAAACCAGUAGUUAUUUCAGUGUAAUAAAUAUUUCUCUUCAAGGAGAAGCAUAAAACAGUUCUUUCAAAUUUAAAUUAUAAAAUGAAAAUCUUGGAAGUUGAAAUUUGGGGCUAAAUUGAAAAUUGUGUUUGGUAUUUGAGAUAUCUGUUCAUUUAAUGUGUAAACAUGUUAGUUUUUAGCUUUUCAUUUAUAUAUGUAUUUAUAUAUUUUGAGUAUUAUUUUAAAGCCACAGGUAAAUAUACUAGAGUGCUAGAUGCCUUUUUUCAAUCUGAUCUUUCAUGUAAAUUCUGCAUUCACCUGUUACUGGUGUCAGGUAAGAUUGACAGCCACACUGAUUAUUUUAUUCUUCCCAGUCUUUGAUGACCAAAGAGGAAGUGAGCGCAUCAUCCCACUGAGAUGCUUCCAGAGCCUCCGAGGCUCCUUUCCUGCCCUCUGUGCAUAAUUGCCCGUAAUGUCCACGAAGGGUUGGUCUAGAAACCCAGAGACGUAAUAAGUGAGGAAACAGCUACAAACCCAGAGCAUGCCCAGACAGAGCCUCCUUGCCUCUCCAGAGCAGAGCAGGCCAUGGAAAGUCCUCCCUGUGAGUCUUUAUGGACAGAGACGGUGGGAUCGUCACCACAGUGGGAAAGGAUAAAUAGAGUUAUUAUGAAGCACAUUUAAAUGUGUCAUUUAACUUACUUAGAAUUAGAGUGGUUCAUUUUAUAUAGGAAGCCAUUAUUUUUGUAUUGUGUAAUAAGUAGCUUACUCUGAAGAGAGCCUGGCAAAACAAUAAAACAUUGUCACUUACUAUUGGUUUCUGUGUACCUUGCAAAUUUUUCAUUUUUAUUUGGUUAAUAGCUUGAAAAUAUUCUCAAUUGGCUUCUUAAAGAAAUACCCUGUCAAGCAUUUAUUAACCAAAAAAUAGCCUCUUACAGUAAAUAAGAGGGAACUAUGAGAGUGUCUACCCGUGAAGCCCCAAGUGCCCUGGUAAUGGACCUGCUCUCCCUCCCUGUGCUGGAAAGCCAUUCCGAGGGUGCCUGUGCGUACACAGCCAGUCUUGGCUCCUCCCAACUGCACUGUUAAAGCGCAGCCCCGAAGACACUUUCUAGUGAUUUUGGUCUGUUGCUUAAAUCAUUUACUAGAUUAGUUUUAGGGCAACACUUUCCAAAUACAUAACUUGACUGUUGUGCUUAUCAGCUGCCAGAAAGAAACAGGUUAUUGUUGGGAAACCUUGCUGUUUUUAAAGUUUGAUUCAAUUAAAAGCAAUACUUCCAAAUAGACAGUGAAAACUUCCCAAAAGAGGAAGAAGCCCAGUGUACUGCCGCACAUCUGUAGUCCCAGCUGCUUGAAGCAGAGGCGGGAAGAGUGCUAGAGCCCAGGAGGUCCCUGCCAGGCCGGGCAACACUGCAAGACACAGUCUCAAAGGCCAAGCAGCCGAAAGGGCUCUCCUCACAGCCAGCUUUAUCACCUCUACGUUCUGGGCCAAACAGUGACAUGGGCAUUUUGGUUUUCCUAACAACUAACGAUGAAUGUUCUGAAGGUACAUUUCAUUUUAAAUACGGAAAAAACUUUUCAUAAUUACAGACAAGAAGGAAAAACCCCCGAUUUUCCAAUAAUAUAAAGAGCACAGUUGGUCUUCCAAAGGUGUCCAUGUGUGAAGCUACAAGUACUUCGAAAUGCACUAAAAUUUUGAAGCAAAUCUACCUUAGGAACUUUUUUGAAAUUGUACUUUUAAAGGUUUAGGCUUUUGCUUAAAUAUUCUGAGUUAAAUUCUGUACUAGGAAAGAUGUUGGAUUCUUUCCUUAAAUACUAAAUAAGUUCCUCAUCUUAUUUUUAAUCAAAUGUUUUAUAGAAAUGAGUUGAGAAAAGUUGACCAUGCACUAUUUAUAGUACUUUGCCAUAACAGGCAAUGUUCUAAAACUAAAUUUAUUUUUGUUUAGUGAACAUGAGUUUAGAUUUUUAAAGUUGGUAAUUUAUCUCCACUAAUAUUUUUUUAAAGAAACUGUGAAGAGAUUAACAGAAUAAUUUUAUUUCAGAUUUUACUAAUGUAGUGUGUAGCUACAACUUGACAUUCAAGUGAAGACUAGACUUCUGUUUUGAAAUUUUUCCAUCAGGUAGUUUCAGUGGUUUCAUUUUAGAAAUGUGUUUGCAGAUGUUUGACAAAGGGAAUAUUACUAAAAAAGAAAAGCAAAAAAAAAAAAAACUUAUCAAAUGAAGAAUUGUUAGAAAAAUUUAAAUUCCCUGCUAAAGACAUUUUUGUUAGUCUUAGGGGGUAGGUAUUUGCUUUCUAGAACUUGUUUUUGUUGAUAGUAUUUGCUUUCUAGAACUUGUUUUUGUUGAUAGCUGGAUGUAUGGAACCUGUUUUCUAUGCGAGGUGCAAGUCUUGCACUACAGUUGUAAGAUAUAUUAUAUUGUUUAGGGAUCAAGAAAGCAAUCUAUGCUGAAGUAACUAUAGUAUGUAGUUCCUAUUGUGAAUAAUGCUUUGCUUUUGUAAUGUAUUAAUAAAAAGUAACACUUUCUAAUGA